AUGGUCAAGCAAGCAUCCAUAGCUUCUCUGAUGGACAUCACUUCCUCGCUUCCUCCCCAUUACAUGGUAAAGCUUGCUGAAGUUGCCACUUCUGAGGUCAUCUCACCGAAGCUUGGCACAAUAAAAGGCUAUAUUUCAUUGGUUGAAGCUGUGAUGCUGUUGCUUGAGGAGAGAGUUAUGGGGGCUCGUAAAGCUCUUUCGGAGGUACCACUGUAGGUUUUGUCAUAGCAUCAGUUCAAGACGACCAAUUUUUAGCUACUUUAUAAUACGUGAUUGUGUUUUUUUCUGGUUGUAGUUUAUUAUGGUAAUGGCUUUGCAGUGUUACCUGAUUGGUCCUUCACUCCUUCUGGAGGGUUGUUUGUAGAGUAUCUUGUAUGCCGUUGUGCAAUAAAAGAUUGAGAGAGGGAUGAUCUUGAGGGCUUUACGGAAUUCUUUAAGUCAAGCGGAACUUAUUAUCCUUCCAAUACAAGAGACGGGACGGGAGGUUUACAUAUGGCACUUUUAGUCCAAAUGAUGGCCACAUAUUCCUUCCACCCUGUCAACUCAAACACAAGCCCAGUCCUCAGAGCAAAAUAAAAGAAAUACUUCAAGGGGAUAUGUGACACUGACAUUCUAUUCCAUUGGAUCAAUAUUGGGUGGUCCUUCAUUAUUGAUUUGUAUCUCCAAUUAUGCUCUAGGAUCCCUGCGCUGUCAAAGUUGGUUUUUUUCGGUUAAUUUCAGGUAGUAAUGGAUACCACUGGUGGAUUCCUAUGGGUUUGUCAGUUGGACCCAAUUAAUUUUAAAAUGGAUGUUCAUACUUGACCAAAAUUAACAAAAAUCGAAAUUAACAGGAUCUAAUUUGUUCAAUUAUUUUUUGUUGUCAUGUGCCAUAUUUUUUUGCUUAGUGUCAUAAUUAUUGCAUAUAUGUGGUCAUUUGUGAUGUAGUGUAGUUAGCUUAGUUCUCAAUGUGCUUAGGUGAAGGCUGACACAGUCUGUCUGGCAGAGUUACGGGCCGUCUGUGAAAAGCAUAUUGCGUGGCCAUUUUUGCUGGAGAUGAUCAUACCAUAAUAGCCAUAGGAUUACAUUGGUGCAAGUGCCACGUGUCUGAGGCCGAUCAUCAGGGAGAAGUUGGUAGCUCUCAAGAUCCGUGAUUUUGGGGACUUGGUGGACAGAGCUGCACUGGUAGAGAGAGACAUAAAGGAUAGCCAUCGACGAUAGGGCUUUUCGAGAGGAGGUCCAAUUCGGACGGGUGCUAGCACUAAUGGGGCACAGAGACCGACACCAUACCAUCGCCCAGCCAGACAGGUGGACAACGACUUUUGACAGCCCGAGGAGAGGGAGACACUCAGACUAGAGCCGGUAUUACCCCCCCGAUCCUGCUUUUCAUGCGGAGGUGUGGGG